GUCACAUUUUCAAACUAGACAAGAAAGUUGGUUUGGCCAUCAAGAUGGCCUCUCAACCGAUAUUGAACAAUUCGGUUUUUCAGCUUACAAAUGUUCACGACAGAAUCUUGGAUGGAUUUGGAUGAAUAGAUUACUUACUUUUGAAUCUUACUGUGAAGGGACAAAAAAUUGGGAACACUUCUACGACAGUUAUUCUAGUGUUGGAUAUGUACCGAAAUUAGAAGCAAAAAUCUUGAAGUAUGUGUUUAAACUGGAAAAUUUUGAUAAUAAUACUUAUGUGCGAACGAGAAUCUCUUUAAACGAAUAUUUUGAAAAAAAAAUUAUGAUAAGCGAUAUACCUGGAGAUAUUGGUCAACUGAUGUUCACAGACACGACAGACGUCAUGUUUGAUUGCGGACAACAUUUAAAUGACUCAAAAUAUGUUUACGUUGGUCUCAUUAACACAACAGCAAACAAGUUAACGACAAUGAAUACGACGACAAUUAUGACUAGAUAUAGUGAAACGUAUGACGGUAGUAUAUUAUGUUGCCUAUUCUAUAAGAUAACUGGAGAUUCAAAUGAGAUGUCUAUAGAGAGAUUUAUAAGCAAUAAGACUUUGCUACGGUAUUAUGCAAAUGACAAAAUAGAAAACUGCCUUUUAAUCGUGAUAAUGAUAGCCACAGCUGCAACAUUGAUUUUUGUCGUAGUUGCUAUUAUUUUAAUAAGGAAACGAUGCUUGAAUAAUAAUAGUUUAUCAAGGAGGCCAAAGCUAGCGUUGCCAAAGAAAGAGCGGAAGAAUCCAUUUUAUUUAAAUUUGCUGUUCCGGAAAGAAUGUGAACAAGAAAUAAGGGCAGCAGAAAACCAGAAAGAGGAACUUCAUUACGAAGAAAUUUUGUAAUUCUUUAGAUAUCAGAUACUUACCUAU